AUGUCGAAUCCAGCACAUACCCCUUUACCCCAGGUUGGGAAGCUUGUGAGCGUUGUCCCGGUCGGUCUAAAAGAAGCUGCCCUCGACUCGCCCACCUUCCGCGCCACGACGCAUCACUUCUCCGAUCAAGUCGACUUUAUAGAGAAAUGGCUUGAUGGAUACGCCAAGGCUGCAACUAAGCUCUCGUCUGAGCUGACGGCCUUGGAGAGCGUUGUGAGCAAUUUUCUAUCCUACUCGACACACCCUCUUGUGGUCUCCGAGGCGGUUGUUGACCAUGACUACACACUGUUGGGUAUGAGGAGGUGCGGGGAAAGCUCAAAAGACCUCUGGAGCGGACUAGUUACAACAACGAGGAAGUUAGAGUCGCUGAUCUCCGAACCCAUUCGAGACUUCAUCCACGAGGAUCUGCGCCAAUUCAAGGAAAUCCGUCGCAACCUCGAGCAUACUCAAAAGCAAUAUGACUACCUCCAAGCCCGCUAUGCCUCGCAGUCAAAAUCCAAGGAAGCAUCGGCAUUAAGAGAAGAAGCGUUCCAGUUGCAUGAGGCCCACAAGGCAUACCUAAAAGCAUCAUUGGACUACUCAGUCCAAGGUCCCCAGGUACGCAAUGCGCUGGACCGGCUUCUGGUCACGAUAUCUUUUAAUCAAUGGCGGGAGUUCCGUGGGUUCCACGACCACAACAACGGCACCUUCUCAAAAUGGUCCCGUGAGAUGGAUCGCAUCAAAGGCUGGCUCCACGAAAUGGAAGCCAGCGAACGUUCAUCCAAGAAAGAGCUCCUUUCGACGAGGAAGUACAUUGAGGAGGCGGCGGAGGUGACAGCUCGCCCCUCACGAGAGUUGGAGGACUACAACAUCUCCACUGUUCCAUACCUAGGCUCCCGGCCUAUUUCGACUAUUCCAGUUAGCAAAGAGACGAGGCCCGAGAAGCAAGGAUGGUUGUAUCUGCGCACACUGUCGGGAAAGCCCACUCGCCAUGUUUGGGUUAAGCGGUGGGCUUUCCUCAAGCACGGCAUCUUUGGGUGUCUUGUGCAAGGGUCUCGCACUGGUGGUGUCGAAGAAAGCGAUCGCAUCGGUGUAUUGCUUUGCAGCAUUCGCCCUGCUUUCCAAGAGGAACGGCGGUUCUGCUUCCAGGUGAAGACCAAGAACAACACCAUUCUCUUACAAGCAGACAAUCAAAAGGAGCUGAUGGAAUGGAUUGGUGCGUUUGAGGCUGCCAAGCAAAAAGCGCUGGAGAACCCUGCCAGCACUGAUCUUUCGGUCUCUGGAAAACACACGGUACAGGACCCUGCGUUUUCGAUCUCUCAACCUCCAGCUCCCGAAUUCGCCGCAGACCCUGCGGAUUCCCUCACUCCACAUGCGAACGAUGAGUCCAGCUCGACAGAACGCAGUAUGACACUCCCCGUGCCAGACCGAGAUGGGCAUGUGAUCAGAAAUAGCACCGACAUCGCAAGUGGCAGGAGACCCACGGGCUUGGACAGCGAGGGUUCCACUCGAGAUCACGCCCGAGACCAUACUUCCCGACUUAUUCAGAAGUUGGAUCUCCACCGUAAAUCGAACAACGCAGCCCCGAUAUCUCCCUCCAUCCCUGGCCCGGCAGGUGGGAUAGCCAGUCUCAUAUCUGCCAGCCAUAAUAUUCUGCCCUACAGCACGAAUGCUUCAAUGAACCACAACGAUGAUAAAAUCACCCGGGGUCGCAGUUUGAGCAGCGUGGAUGAGCCCGGUUCAAGCCUUGCACCCGCCACGCUCGCCAAUCCACCAGCACCUACAAGCAUGAGCAAAGCUGCGGUAGUUGUGAGCAACGAAAGAGGCAUUGGAUUGGGUGUUUCAGACAGCACAGGUGGUAUGCCUAGUGGUAUGAUGGCGAACCUGUGGGGUAGCUCUAAUUGGGGCUUCGUCAACAAGUUCCAACGUGAACAACGCGAGAUAGAUGCAGCACAUGGCUCAGAGGGCCGUCCGUCUUCUACCCUCAGCGACAGCUCAACUGCGACUAUUGCCGCACAACCCGAUGUCUCAAAUUCCCCUGAAACUCAAAAGCAGCCAGGGCCACGCCACAGACAGACAGUCAGUCUUGAUGGGGAUGACGUAAAGCUCACACAAGCUGCGUUAGGAAUCGGACACGAAUAUCCCAGCUAUUAUCCCCAGCAGUUGAGGAUACAAGAUGCCCAGUUCCGGUUACUCUUCCCAGACGUCAAGAGGGAGGAAGCAUUGGUAUUGGUGUUCAGGGCCACAUGGAGUCCAAAUGACUCUCAAGAGUUCCCUGGACGAGCCUAUGUCACCACCAGAAAUAUUUACUUCUACAGCCAUCACUUUGGACUUGUUUUGACGACUGGCGUCACUUUGGAGAGUAUUAAAGAAGUGACAGCAGCACCUGGGCGAGACUGUGACUUCCUUUUCCUCCACACCAUACCCCCACUUGGUAGCGAUACACCAGGCCGAGUCACCAUUAAAACAUUCCUUGAGCCCCUCAGAGUUCUUCAAAAACGUCUUAACUUCUUGAUACAAGGGUCAAUUGCCGUGGAGCAAUUAUCUCUCGAAUCUCUCAUCAAAGCACUGAUCAAAAUGGACUCAAUAUCCCCAACCCGAGCUUCCAGUGCAGAUAGCUGGGAGGAUCUCUCGUCUGGGCUCGCAGACAUCAAAGGCGAUGGGAAACCCGCUGACCGGGGCCGUGACAAGGACCUUCAGCUCCCUAUUUACAUUGACAAAGAUCUUGAAUUAGAUGCAAGCAAGGCUGGCCGGGGUCGAGACAUCGCAAAGUUCAGACUCCCGACACAACCCGUGGAGUAUGUUCCACAAGGUGACCUAGCCUUGGUCGCCGAAAAGGUACUCGACAUCAGCCCCAAAGCCUUGUUCCACAUCCUGUUUGGCGACAAAAGUGCCGUUUGGCAGCUUCUGUUACACGAACGGCAAGCUCGCGAUAUCAAGCAGGGUCCAUGGGCUGCCACAGAAUCACGGCACUUGCGACGUGACUUCAAUUACAAUAUUGGAUCAUCAGAUAUCAUGGGUCGCACUCAUGAAAAUGCGAUUUCAGAUUACCAGAUCAUUGACGUGCUCAACGACCAUCUGUGCUACGUGGUCACGGAUAAGAAGACUCCAUGGCAUCUUCCAUUCCGACGGUCGUUCAGGUUGGUCAGCAAAGUGGUCAUCACGUUCCAUGCCAAAUCGAAGAGCAAAAUUGCCAUCUUCACCAAAGUCGAGUGGCUGUGGUCCCCAUACGGUCUUAAAAAUGUGAUUGACAAAAAAGCGAGUGAGGACUUGGAGCAAGACGCUUUAGAUCUUGUGGACCUGGUCGGUGAUCAAGUGCGCCGGCUGGGGGCACACAGUCGCACCAAAAAGGCAAUCACGAUCUUUGGCCAUGUUGGACGCCAGAAUCACGUCUCUCACUUUACUGGCGCCGGUCCUAAUCUAAAGUUGGAGUCUCGCAAGCCUCGCACGCCUCGUAGCAUGCACGAGCUUCUCUUCGAAACGAUUUUCUCAUUCCUAGAGACCAGCGUCUCAUUCCUAAUGAUGUGGAUGUUCGACAUUGUCCGAUGGUCCUGGAAGACUGUGAGCGCACACAAGAUCAUCCUGCUCUUACUUGCUACAAGUGCAGUAAUGAACGGGUAUUAUUCCUCCCGGGACAGCUGGGACUGGUGGCACGAGCGCCAUGCAAGUAAGUUUAUGGCUCGGCUUGGCGUUCAGCCUAACCUUGUCAUGGGCAAAUCAAUCUACAUGCACGACAUUGAUGAGGCAGUCGCAAACUCUACCAUCUGGUCGUCGUCCGGCAAUGCAAGUGAUUGCUUUGCCACCUUCCACGAGCAGACCAUGCGCUAUGCAGAGAUGCCACUGUCACUCAGCUCAUCAGGCCCCCGCGAUACUUUGACCAAGAGUGCUAUCAAACGCUUCCAGCAGACUCGUGAGCGACUUGGGAUGUACAGACACAAUCUUCUCGUCGCACUGCGUGUGGUGAACAGCAUCGAGAAAGAAGUCAUCCAGACUGAAUGGGAGCGCUGGCUUCGUGAAGAAGUCCGACGUUGUCGACAGGUUGAGGUUCUUCUCGGCGGCGAUACGCAAGGCGACUCACAGGGUCGACUCGCCCAGGCGGAGCGUGUGUUCGCCGAGCAUGCGAGCGACGUGAAGCAGUGGUAUGAGGAAUACUGCUCGAGUUGUCGAUUGGAGCAGGAUCGUGCCACAUUGAAUGGAAGUGGUGACCUAAUUCCUUGA